CUUCAUUCUUUAUUUAUAUACCUCGUGAAUAUCCUAAUCUCCCAUUCAAAAGCUCUAGAUCUCUGUUAAUCAUCCAUAAUCACUUUUCACUUUAAGAUUGUAGUAGUUUAUCUAUCUAUACACAAAUAAAGUUCUUGAUGGAGCACUUUCUAGGUUUGCUUCGAGUUCAUGUUCACAGAGGCGUAAAUCUUGCUGUUCGUGAUGUCCGUACCAGUGAUCCUUAUGUUGUUAUUCAAAUGGGCAAACAUAAAUUGAAAACUCGAGUGGUGAAGAAGAACAUCAAUCCUGUGUGGGAUGAAACUUUGACUCUAUCGGUUUCUGAGCCUCUACCGGUCAAACUUGAAGUGUACGACAGAGAUACGUUUAGUCUCGAUGACAAAAUGGGGGAUGCAGUGUUCAACAUUCAGCCAUUCUUAGAAUCUGUCAAAAUGCAUUUGGACGAUCUUCCAAACGGCACGGUCAUCACAACUGUUAAACCGGCCAGGACCAACUGUCUGGCUAAAGAAAGCCAGAUCAUAUGGACCGACGGAAAAGUUAUUCAAAAGAUGAUUCUUAGACUGCAAAAUGUCGAAUGCGGUGAGGUUGAGAUUCAUUUGUCGUGGAUUGAUAUUACAAGCUCUAGAGGUGUGUAGUUAAUUAGUUUGUGGUAGUUCUUGUUGUGUGUUUGUAUAAUUGUAUAAUAUAGAUUCAUGAAAGAUCUAUUAGUUUGUGUUCGUUUAUAUUUUUAUUCGAUGGAUUUGGUUUUUAAUUUUAAGUGGUGUUGUGAUG